CGCACCGAGCGCAGCACAGAACAGAGGGCGGCACGGCGCCGCUGGGAGCACGGGUGCUGCGGGACGGAGCCCGGAGCCGGGAGGCGGCGGCGGGGACGUCGGCCGGAGCCCCAGUCCUGUCCGCCCCCCAACACGGCCAGCGGCAGAGCAGAAACCAUUCUCUGGGGACCAUUCAUAAGCAAGAGACACCCACACGGUGACAUAUGCCAGUGCCACCUCCACCACCACCACCUCCUCCUCCUCUGCCUCCGCCUCCUCCGCCUCUGGGGGCUCCUCCCCCUCCCCCACCAUCAGCGCCCCCGGUAAGUACAGACACUUCCAGCUUGAGAAAGGCAGAUCCCAAAGGUCGGAGUGCACUGUUGGCUGACAUCCAGCAAGGAACUCGCCUACGAAAAGUCACGCAGAUCAAUGACCGCAGUGCGCCGCAAAUCGAGAGUUCUAAAGGAACCAGCAAAGAAGGAGGAGGUUCUGCAAACUCUCGAGGAGGGAGCACACCCCCAGCCCUGGGAGAUCUGUUUGCUGGUGGCUUUCCUGUGUUGCGACCAGCAGGCCAGAGGGAUGCAGCAGGUGGCAAGACAGGGCAGGGCCCUGGCUCCCGAGCGCCUUCUCCCCGGCUUCCCACUAAAACUAUCAGCGGCCCACUUAAUGCCCCUGCAUCUCCCAGGCUAGGCAACGCCUCCGAGGCGCAUGGCGCGGCCAGGACCGUCCCUCCUCGCCCCAGCAUGCCCGCCCCACCCCCUCCCACCCCGCCCCCACCUCCUCCGCCCUUACCCCCACCCCUGCCCCCCUCUUCCCCCAUCAAAGCGCCGCCGCUGGCGUCCCCACCUGGCCCGCCGAUCAAAGGGAACCACCCGCUGGUUGCACCCCCUCUGCCGUCCACACCUCCCCCUCCGCCUCCGCCACCUCCCCCAACCGCACCCCCGCCUCCCCCGGCCUCCAUUCUCAGUGACAAGGCAGUGAAGCCUCAGCUAGCCCCCCUGCACCUACCGCCCAUCCCACCCCCGCUCCCUCUCCUUCCACCUUGUGGGUAUCCCGGGCUGAAUGCGGAUGCUGUCAGCCCCGCCCAAGAUGUUCGAGAACCUCCCGCCCCUCCGCCCCCAGCGCCCCCGCCACCCCCUCUCCCCCUUUACGCUUCCUGUACCCCGAGGUCCUCUAUGCCUGCGCCCCCUGUGCCAGGCGCUAACAACGGCACUGAAGCCCCGCCUCCGCUGCCCCCCAAGUCCCCCAGCUUCCAGGCCCAGCCGCCGAAGCCCAGCGUGCAGACCUUGCCCGCGCUGCCCGCCGCGCCGGGCUCUCAGCCCUUCCUGCAGAAGAGGAGGCCCGGCCGAGGCCCAGGGACCAGUGGGGGAAAGCUAAAUCCACCCCCGGCACCCCCUGCGAGAUCACCCACCACGGAGCUUUCCAGCAAGAGCCAGCAGGCCCCAGCCUGGACCCCAACACAGCAGCCUGGAGGUCAGCUGCGGAACGGAAGCCUGCACAUCAUCGAUGACUUUGAGUCUAAGUUCACGUUCCAUUCUGUCGAAGACUUUCCUCCUCCAGAUGAAUAUAAACCGUGCCAGAAGAUUUACCCCAGCAAGAUCCCCAGAAGCCGUACACCUGGUCCCUGGCUCCACGCCGAGGUGGCCGGGCAGAGCUCCGAUGACAUCAAAGGCAGAAAUGCUCAGUUCUCUCUAAAGACACUCCGGUGAGAAGACAGAUGAGGCCAACAUCCUGUGAGCCACUUGGGGUUCCAUGUCGCGGGAUGGUCAUUCCCCGGAGAACAUGUCUGACCUCACCAUACUCAAGCUGUAAUUCAGUUGACAUACAGGCUCUGAAUGGAGCAUUUAUUUAUUGUAAAUACGUGGUUUUCACAGGCUUUAAAUCAAUAUUGUAGUUGACUUUUAUUUGAGUCAUUUUAAAAAAAAACCCAUGCACACCA